GUUACCACUAGAUUCACCUACUAGCAUUCAAGUUUUCAGAAACUGACCAGAAAAAGUUUCUCUCACCAUUACCAUUUCGGGUUCUUUCUUCUUAUCCGCUUUCAUAUCUGAUUCUGGGUCUAAAAUAGGGUUUAACAAAAGCCUAAGUAGGGUGCCACAGUUUUCAUUUCUCACUUUUUUAACAACAAAAAAAUAAGAAAAGAGAAGGCAAAAAAGACCUUGUGUGUUGUGUGUUGUGUGUUGUGUGUAUAUAUAUAUACCCACACAUACAAACACAGAUCCCUAUGGAAUGAGGUGGGUGCUCCCAGCAUCACUCGCUACAAACUUAUUCCUUCUGCUUAGUUUAAAGAGACCAGUUUUGUUAUGCUCUAGUGAAGAAAGAGAUAGAUUGAGAAAGAUAGUUUGUGUGUUUUUUCUUUUUGGUGUUUGUGUUAGUGGAGCUAGCUAGCACAUGAAACGGAUAGUUUGGUUGGUGUGAGAAAAACCUGCUGUAGCUAAACAACAAAAUCCAAGUCUCCAUUGGCAAGAUUAUUAUUAUCAUUAUUUUGAUAUGAUUUGUUUAUGUGCAACCCAAUGAUUGACAUGCCUACCAGAUACUUGUUGUAGAGAGUUCAAACCUUUUUCUAGUAAUUAAGGUGAGAAGAAAAGGAGAAAAAGAAAGAGAUGAAGUCCAUGAAUGAUAGCAACACCGAUGAUGGCAACAAUCAUAACUGGUUGGGGUUCUCUCUCUCACCCCACAUGAAAAUGGAAGUCACUUCUUCUUCUUCUGCUAUCCAUCCCCAUCAUUAUCAUAACUACUAUCAUCACCCUCAAACUUCUGCUUGCAACACUGUUCCCACUAACUUCUACAUGUCACCUUCACACCCCAACACAUCAGGAAUCUGCUAUGGUGUUGGAGACAACAACAGUGCUUUUCACUCUCCCUUGGCCAUGAUGCCUCUCAAGUCUGAUGGCUCACUUUGCAUUAUGGAAGCCCUCACCAGAUCACAAUCCCAAGUGAUGGUGCCAACUUCAUCUCCAAAGCUUGAGGACUUUCUAGGUGGUGCAACUAUGGGGGGUCAAGACUAUGGAGGGCAUGGAAGAGAAGCAAUGGCUCUAAGCCUUGACAGCAUCUACUAUAGUAACCAAAAUGCCGAAGCUGAAACCAACAGAGACCAUUCUUCUUCUUUGGACCUUCUUUCUGACCCUUUUAGGCACCAAACCCAUCCAUAUUACUCGGGGCUUGGGAUUUACCAAGUGGAGGAAGAAGCCAAGGAACCCCAAAUGCCUCAAGUGGUGGAAGAAGGCAUUGCUUGCUUCAACAACUGGGUGCCACCAAGGGAAUAUUCUUCUUCUCAGCAGAAUCUGGAGCAGCAUCAAGUGAAUAAUAGUAGUGGUGGACUUGUGGAGGAUCAUGGUGCUUCUGGGGGGAAUGGUGGUGUUGGCACAGUGGAGUGUGGGGAGUUACAAUCUUUAAGCCUGUCUAUGAGCCCCGGCUCUCAAUCAAGUUGUAUCACUGUUCCAACUCAGAUCUCAUCUUCUAAUACUGAAUCUGUGACUGUGGAGGCCAAAAAGAGAGGGUCUGGUAAGCUUGGUCAUAAGCAACCUGUGCAUAGGAAGUCCAUUGACACAUUUGGGCAGAGAACUUCGCAGUAUAGAGGUGUUACAAGGCACAGAUGGACUGGUAGAUAUGAAGCGCAUUUGUGGGACAACAGUUGCAAGAAAGAAGGACAAACUAGGAAAGGACGACAAGUUUAUUUGGGUGGUUAUGAUAUGGAAGAAAAAGCUGCAAGGGCUUAUGAUCUUGCGGCUCUCAAGUAUUGGGGUCCUUCAACUCACAUAAACUUCCCGCUAGAAAAUUACCAAACUGAACUUGAAGAAAUGAAGAACAUGAGUAGGCAGGAAUAUGUGGCCCACUUGAGAAGAAAGAGUAGUGGGUUUUCAAGGGGUGCUUCAAUGUACAGAGGAGUGACAAGGCACCACCAACAUGGCAGGUGGCAAGCAAGGAUAGGCAGAGUUGCAGGAAAUAAGGACCUUUAUCUUGGGACAUUCAGCACUCAAGAAGAAGCAGCUGAAGCAUAUGAUGUAGCAGCAAUAAAAUUUCGUGGGGUGAAUGCUGUGACAAACUUUGACAUAUCAAGGUACGAUGUGGAGAGGAUCAUGGCCAGCAACACCCUUCUCGCGGGAGAGUUGGCAAGAAGGAACAAAGAAAGUGAGCCAAGGACUGAGGCCAUAGAGUACAAUGUUGUGUCAAGCCAACAGCAACAAGUAAUGAACAAGGAAGAGGUUGAAGCUGUGAACAAGCACGCCAAUGAAAAUGGUUCAUCAUCGGAUUGGAAGAUGGUUUUGUAUCAUGAUCAGCAACAGUCAAACAACUGUGACCCAAAACCCAUGAAAUGUGGAAAUUAUAGGGGUUCUGGUUUCUCAGUGUCCCUACAAGAUCUCAUUGGGAUUGACUCAGUAGGAUCUAGCCAUGCGAUGCUAGAGGACUCUACUAAGAUAGGGACUCAUUUUUCAAACCCCUCUUCGAUGGUGACAAGUUUAAGCAGCUCAAGGGAAGGUAGCCCUGAUAAAACGGGCCCCACUAUGCUCUUUCCAAAGCCUCCAAUUGGGUCCAAGAUUGUCACUAGCCCUAUUUCUAAUGCUGGCCCUUGGUUUCCCUCUCAAAUUAGGCCACUCUCAAUGUCUCAUUUGCCAGUUUUUGCUGCUUGGAGUGAUUCCUAGAGGGCUUGUCAUGUGAAAGUGUGUUUGGAAACUCGUUGAGAAGGAAAAAAGCACAAUUCUGACGUGGAAGUUGAAAAUCACAUGAAACGGGAAACCAAACACACUAGAAAAAGGAAAAAGCACAAGAGUUGGGGGGAGAAAAUAGAAAAGAUUGAGAAUAUGUUGUUUUGCAAAAGGACUUUAGUGAGGGAAUUUUGGGGAUUAAUUAGGGGCAUGUGGGGACCAUUUAUCUGUCAUCUUUCUGUAUGGUAGUGGAACAAGACCUUUCCAACCGUAGCCUUUUGGAUCUAUAUUGCGAAUUUGAGUGCAAAUGGGAGGGAAAGUGGUUAAAUUUAACAAGAGGACUAAUGAUUAAUUGAGUGUAAUCAUGUUUGACGAUAUGAAAGUGGCCCUUAAAUUAUUGAGCUUGCUUUUUUUGGAGUUGCACCUUUUCUUAGGUCCAGCUAACUACAAAACCAACUCCAUGUUUGUCAAUAAUGCAAAAGAGCCAUUCCCUUUGAUCA